CACUUGGUGGGAAGAGCUCUUAGCAGAACGGGGCUGGGCUGCUCAGGUUACAAGACAGGCAUAAAUAGCUGGUGCCUGCAAAGGAAAGCCUAGUUGGCCUGGAGAUCCUGGAGGCCCAGAAGAAGCAACUGCCAUGCUUCUCCUCCCUCUCUCCGUGCUGAUGCUGCUCACACAGCCCCUGAGCUCCCUGGGAGCAGAAAUGAAGACCUAUUCCCAGAGAACAGCGGCCAGCACCUGCACCCUGGUCAUGUGUAGCCCCAUGGAAAAUGGCCUGCCCGGUCGUGAUGGACGGGAUGGGAGAGAGGGCCCCCGGGGCGAGAAGGGGGAUCCAGGUUUACCAGGAGCUGUAGGGAGAGCCGGGACGCCUGGCCCAGCUGGCCCAGUUGGGCCCAAAGGGGACAAUGGCUCUGCUGGAGAGCCUGGACCAAAGGGAGACUCUGGACCAUCUGGACCUCCAGGACCUCGAGGUGUGCCUGGUUCAGCUGGCAGAGAGGGUCCAUCAGGGAAGCAGGGGAGCAUAGGACCUCAAGGCCCACCUGGCCCAAAAGGAGAGGCCGGUCCCAAAGGAGAAGUGGGUGUGGCAGGCAAGCCGGGCUCUGUGGGGACACGAGGCCCCACGGGUGUUAAAGGAGAGAGAGGGGCCCCCGGUGAGCGAGGAGCCCCCGGGAAUGCUGGGGCGGCAGGACCUGCUGGAGCCAUGGGUCCGCCGGGACCUCCAGGUGCCAAAGGACCCCCAGGACUGAAGGGGGACAGAGGUGCUCCUGGGGACAAAGGCGCGAAGGGAGAGAGUGGGAUUCAGGACAUCACUGCUCUGAGGCAGCAGGUGGAGGCCUUACGUGGACAUGUACAGCACCUCCAGAACGCCUUCUCUCAGUACAGGAAAGUAGACCUCUUCCCCAAUGGCCGAGCUGUCGGGGAGAAGAUCUUCAAGACAGGAGGUUUUGAAAAGAAUUUUGAGGACGCGCAGCUGGUGUGUAUGCAGGCCGGGGGACAGAUGGCCUCCCCACGCUCUGUAGCCGAGAACGAGGCCGUGCAGCAGCUGGCCACUGCUCACAACAAGGCUGCUUUCCUGAGCGUGACCGACGUCAAGACAGAGGGCAAGUUCAUCUAUCCCAGCGGGGAGCCCCUGGCCUAUUCCAACUGGGCCCCUGGGGAGCCCAACAACAAUGGUGGCUCAGAGAACUGUGUGGAGAUCUUCACCAACGGCAAGUGGAAUGACAAGUCCUGCGGGGAGCAGCGCCUGGUGGUCUGCGAGUUCUGAGCCGCCGGGAUGCGGGCUGCACCGGGGAGCCUGGCCAGCGAGUGGGGGCCCAGGCCUGUGUGCUGCCAAUGCCGCGGUCAGAUGGGGCCGCCCCUGCUGGCCAGGGCUUCUCCACAGAGCUGUGGGCAGAGGCACGAAGGCAGGUCCCCGCACAGUGCCUCUCUCAGAGUCAAACAGCUUCGCACACGGAAGACCUGUCAGAGGAAGAAGGGGCCGGUGCUUUCCCAGCUGCAAGGAAUAAAAUUGGGUCCCCAAGACCUCCCCAUGGCAAAGUCCA